CGUCGAUUUCGCGUCACUAUCUCAGCCACCCGUCUCCAUCAGCUACCGAGCAACCAAGCAACCAAGCUAUCUGUACCUAACCUAGUAUCUACAUACCAUACCUCAUAGUAUACGUAUUUACCAAUUGCUGCGUCCCGCCUUUUUGCGACUCUCCACCCUCAAUUCCCCUUGAAAGGUAACACUAAUAAGCGACACCACUCUCGACGAUAAUAACUUCGCUUACCAACCACACCUAUACUCGAGCCUCGACGACCUUACUGCGACGAGCGACGACUAAAAUUUGACAUGUAAUGCGCAUUUCCACGUCAUAUCCCGGACUGUGCAGAGAUCGCAUUUCGCAAGAGGGUGUCGGCUUACGGCCGUCCGCGAGGAAUAGAUGCGCCCGGCCGACGCUGAACAUUUGCCUUUUCUUCCACUUACCGGACACAGCGCGUAAGGAGGAUGGCAGAACGAGUGCAAGCCCUGGUUCGGGUUUCCGGCCCUCCGAAUAGCAGUUUUUUAGUUGGCUAUCCCGGUAUUUCAGCGACGUUGCCGCGCAUUGAGGGCAAGGUCGAGAUUAGGCCUGCAUCGGGGUAUUCCGCCCCCGUCGCUAUCUCUCUAGUACGAAUAUGUCUACAAAGAAGAGAAACGAUCCAUCCAGCUGCCGAAAACGUAGCCAAGCGCCACCUCGGGACUCCUCGACGCGAUACCACGGACGUUGUUGGAAAGGAACUUCUACUAUACCGGUGCGCAACGGGCAGGGAAGCAGAGAAUGUCAUGACGAUGGACCUGCCAUUCGUCUUGUUUAUCCCGUUUGGACGAGGCGGUGAAGAAACGAACAGAAGGAUACCGCCGGCUUCGUUACAACUCCCAAGCAGGACGGCUGAGACAUAUUACGAACUAGUGGUUACCGUGCAGCAAGGACAGAGCAUCCAGAAUAAAUAUGCGUUUCCGGUUCCCUUACAACGAUACGAUACGUUAUCGACCUUUGGAAUGUAUAACAGGCCUGAACACAAGGCCGUGACCUCCGAUAACAUAGUCACGCUCGGCAUUUCGCUUCCAAGAUGGAGCUACGGACCUAUGGACCCGAUUACGGUAUAUAUUAAGUUGGCCCCCAACCUCGAUUGGCUAGCCAAGGCGAGGAAGGUGACCAUACAGAAGAUCACGCUCGCGAUAGAGGAAGAGAUUACGUACAAUCCCGAAGGAGACGAGCCGACCAAGAAAGUGAACAGGUUACAGAAACAUACACAGACGAUAGGAGCCAAAUUGCCGGAAGAAGGUUACGUUACUAAUAUGGGCAUUAUCUUUCCGCACAAGGACCUAAGGGAUGCGAAUGGAAUCAUUCGAAGGGGGCAACCGGCUUUCCCGAACUACGAAGUCACAUCAUUCACGACAACAUCUACACUCUACAAGAUCGAGUUCUUCCUUACUAUUAAGGCCCAAUUGGCAUCGGCCCGUGAUAUCACCCUUCGACAGCCUAUUGUCAUAUGCCCACUAGAUCAUCAGGCAUGUAAGGAGGAAAUGGACGCCAUCGAACAGGCAGCGAAAGAUGCCUCCGCAGUCGAUCAAAACAAUCCAAUGCUGCCGGCGAGAACCAUCGUUUUGGCCGACGACCCGAAUGCUUUAGCAUCUCUAGGAUAUUGCUUAGUAGGAGGUCAGAAGAAACCAUUGAUCGAAUGAGAAUGGUAUCCUACGAAUUUGAUGAGGCCGGGGUGUCUAACUUGAAUUUCGCGUGAUACUAUACCCGAGCAUUGCGGUUCAGCAAGUUUAACGAACGGGGACAUACUUUUCACAGGUUUAGGCGUUCGAAAAUUCGUCUCACUCAAGAACUUCCGUGCAUCCGAAGGGCCAUUGGUUCUCCAUCAGCGUACCAGCCCGAACUAAUAUGAGAGGAGUAGAAUUACUGUC